AACGCUCCAUGUCAACACGCCGGCCCCGCCCCGCCGGCUGUGACGCGCUUUAUCCGCGGCCGGCGCCCGUCGGGGCUGUGUUGGCCAUGGAGCCUCCCGGUGGGAGCCGCCCGAUCACCGUCAGCGACGUGCAGGAGCUGGUGCGGCGGAAGGAUGAGCUGGAGGCGCAGAUCAAGGCCUGCUACGAGCUGCUGGAGAGUCAAAAGGGCGUCGGGAUGAACGAGCCGCUGGUGGACGCGGAGGGGUUCCCCCGCGACGACAUCGACCUGUACCAAGUGCGCACGGCCCGGCACAACAUCAUCUGUCUGCAGAACGAUCACAAGGCGCUGAUGAAGCAGGUGGAGGAAGCUCUUCACCAGCUGCACGCCCGGGAGAAGGAGAAACAUGCCAGGGACGAGGCGGAGGCACUGGCCGAGGCAAUGAGCCAGAGCCAGAGCCUGCCACAGCCCUUUGCCAAAGUGAACACCGUGACUCCAGGAUCUCCUGCAAGUGUAUCGGGACUCCAGGUGGAUGAUGAGAUUGUGGAGUUUGGUUCUGUCAACGUAAACAACUUCCAGAACCUGCAGAACAUCGCCACAGUGGUGCAGCACAGCGAAGGGAGACCCCUGAGUGUGACCGUGAUCCGCGGCGGCAGAAAAGUGCACGUGGGGCUGAUUCCGAAGCGCUGGGCUGGGAAGGGCCUCCUGGGCUGCAAUAUCAUUCCGUUGCAAAGAUGACCAUUACUCAGAAAACAAUAAAGCUGAAGUUUGUGCCUGCUUUCUGGACUCUGAUCUGCUUUGAAAACUUUGUGGUUUUGGGGAAACAAAUGUUUUAGAGGCUGUGAGCUCUGGGUGCCAGGCUCCAGACUCUGGAGGAGUUCUGAUGGAGCAGGGCCUGCUGCAGUUGAGAAUGGCACUGGCUCAUCAGGAGUAACCUGCGCAGUUGUAGGAUGUGGCUUCUCAGCUCUUACACCUUGUAUCAAUUUGGAAUGAGGUUAUAGAGACCCAAACCUCACUUGAUAAAGGCUCUAAAGAGCACAAAAUGCUUUUGGUGAUAACAGACCAUUCCUUUCCACCUCCCUCGUAAAGUUCCUCACUGAACAUCUUGUAAUACGUGCUAAACAGUCCUGGAGCACUUUGUGGUGUCUGUAAUAGUAGAUGAUAGUAAAGAAGUAUGCAAAUUUGAGACUUGAUCUUCCCCAAGUUACCACAACUUUUGAAGUCACUAAACAUCAUGAAAGAAUUUUUGGAAUGCCUAAUUAUUUUAAGUUAAUGAGAUAAGCAAUAGGGGGUAUAAUUCUGCUUUGGUUUACUUCUAGUAGCUCAUAUAGUAGUGAUAAAAGUCCUCCUCAUCUGGCUUCUCCUUUAUUUUUAAUUAUUACUUUCUUUCUAUUUGCAGUACUUGGUUUUGGGGUGCUUAAACUCUUUGAGGGGAUUUUGGGGAUGAUUGGUUUGUUUUAAGCUUGUUUCCAGUUGAACUUCAAAAUACUCUUCCAAAACAAUAAAACUGAGUAACAUCUCUCCA